UUGUAUUUUUAGUGGAGAUGGGGUUUCACCAUGUUGGCCAGGCUGGUCUUGAACUCCUGACCUCGAGUGAUCCGCCUGCCUCGGUCUCCCACAGUGCUGGGAUUACAGGGAUUACAGCGCCGGCUGAAAAUGACCAACUUUCUUCCCAUGUGUUUCUCCAGGUCAUAUUUUCUCCAACAACAUCAGCCUCUCAGGGGCAGGAACUCCCGGUUCCCCAGCACGUGUCGGGGUGGGGGUGGGGUUUGCUGUUGGAAGUGCCUGUCACCGGAGGCAGCUAGAGCAGGGCUGCAGACAGUUCUGCUGAGGACCCCCAGCCUCUGUGAUGUCACACUGGGCCUUCUUUCCUUUCACCCUGGGCUGCGGCUCUGAGGCUGCCGUGGCCAUGGAGCUCUGGAAGCUGGGCUGGGGGAGGAAGCCUGGUGGCUCUGACGUCCCCUGGAGGCGAAGGAGGCCCAGCCAUGACACUCUUAACGGAUGCCAUGCCCCUGGUGAAGGAGCCCCAUCCCCUGCCUCUGGUCCCACGUCCCUGGUUCCUCCCUAGCCUCUUUGCUGCCUUCAAUGUGGUGCUGCUGGUCUUUUUCAGUGGCCUCUUCUUCGCAUUCCCUUGCAGGUGGCUGGCUCAGAACGGGGAGUGGGCCUUUCCUGUUAUCACAGCCUCCCUCUUUGUCCUUACCUUCUUCAGUCUUGUUUCACUCAACUUCUCAGACCCUGGCAUCUUACAUCAAGGCUCCGCUGAGCAGGGCCCCUUGACGGUGCACGUGGUGUGGGUGAACCACGGGGCCUUCCGCCUGCAGUGGUGUCCAAAGUGCUGCUUCCACCGCCCGCCCCGGACUUACCACUGCCCCUGGUGCAACAUCUGUGUGGAGGACUUUGACCACCACUGCAAGUGGGUCAAUAACUGCAUCGGUCACCGCAACUUCCGCUUCUUCAUGCUGCUCGUCCUGUCCCUGUGCCUCUACUCGGGCGCCAUGCUGGUCACCUGUCUCAUCUUCCUGGUGCGCACAACCCACCUGCCCUUCUCCACCGACAAGGCCAUCGCCAUCCUGGUGGCUGUGUCCGCCGCGGGCUUCCUGGUGCCGCUGUCCCUCCUGCUGCUGAUCCAGGCCGUGUCCGUGAGCUCGGCCGACCGCACCUACAAGGGCAAGACACCUUCAGGGAUACAACCCCUUCGACCAGGGCUGUGCCAGCAACUGGUAUUUAACAAUUUGUGCACCACUGGGACCCAACCCCAACCUCUGGGUCCCUACAAAGCAGGGAAGGGUCCCCCGGGGCGUGGUGAGGCUGCAGCUCUCCAGGAGGUACACGGUUGGCACACGGUGAGCGCGGUCAGUGUCAUCGCAAAACAUCGGGACACAGGUACACGGUCGGCACACGGUGAGCGCGGUCAGUGUCAUCGCAAAACAUCGGGACACAGGUACACGGUCGGCACACGGUGAGCGCGGUCAGUGUCAUCGCAAAACAUCGGGACACAGGUACACGGUCGGCACACGGUGAGCGCGGUCAAAACAUCGGGACACAGGUACACGGUCGGCACACGGUGAGCGCGGUCAGUGUGGUCCUGAUGAUUUUCUCCACCACGCAGCUGACACACCACCACCCAGAGCUUCUCCGAGGACCACCUUCGAGACUGACCUGGGCCCCUUUCUUCAGGGAAGUCCCUUCUGCCAGGCUCCUCUGGCUCAGCCUCUCCGUGUCAGGGGAGGGUGGGAAUUUUUAUCAAGUGUCCCAGUGAUUCUGCCACCUGGAGUGUCAAAAUGGGCACAAGCCACACUGUUUGCUUCCUGCCACCUUUGUAUCCGGGUGAAACCAGGGUGUGGAGGAGGGUGGGGGCGGAAGGAUGUCACCCAAGGGUUCAGAUGAGCCACCCCCAGGUGCCGCGGAGGUGUGUGUGUCUGUGUGCUGGGGUGUGAGCGCAUUCUCAGGGGGACGCUGGCCCAGCCCCUGUCCUCUCUACCGCUGGUGAUGCAGGACGUCCCUCCAGAUCUCCAGCCCAAUGGGUCCUGCCACAACCCACCCUGGAAGCUUCAGACCCUUCCCUGUGCAGGCCCAGCCUCACCCACCUGCCUGGCAUGAGCCACGGGGGAGGGGGUCCAGGAGCCUGGGCCAAGGCCGGGAUGUGAAUUAUGGAACUGGCUGGUUGAAGAAGUGGUGCCUGCCUGGAGUCCCAGCCCACAGGGGCAAAGAAGCCCAGGCCCAGCAUCUGGGGAGGCCCUGCCCUUCCUCUGCCACCCUGUCCCUUAGUUCAGGACGGCACCUACUGGUCCUCACCUCCAGGUAUGCAGGGGACACAGCCUCAGGCAAGGGCCUUUCAAGCCCUAAGCCAGCUGUGAGUCAUUUCCCCUCACACACUGGGCCUCAAUUUCCCCACUGGGCAGACAUAAUUUUCCUCAUAGCGUCAAAGGAGACCAUGACCCCUCUGAGGGCAAUGGCCUCCUGCUCUAAAUGUGGAUUCUAGGUCUCUCUGUCCCUCCCAGCCUGGGAUUUCUUUUUUUUUUUUUGAGACGGAGUCUUGCUCUGUUGCCCAGGCUGGAGUGCAGUGGUGCGAUCUCGGCUCACUGCAGCCUCCUCCUCCUGGUUUCAAUUGAUUCUCGUGCCUCAGCUUCCUGAGUAGCUGGAAUUACAGGUGUGCACCACCAUAUCCAGCUAAUUUUUGUAGUUGUAGUAGAGACAGAGUUUCACCAUGUUAGCCAAGCUGGUCUCAAACUCCUGGGUUCAAGCGAUAAGCCCACCUCAGCCUCCCAAAGGGCUGGGAAUACAGGCAUAAGCCACGGCGCCCGGCCCCAGCCUAGGAUUUCUAAGGUUUCUUCAGGAAAGUCGCUUGGAUCAGGCCCCUUGGCUCCUGGAGGGGUAAGUGAGGCUUAGACUGUCCCUUCCUUUGACUCCCCACCACUCCACACUCUCCCCCCUAAGCCAGGGGACCCCUCCGGGAUUCUUUGCAGCGGGGCUGGGAGGCCUCGGUUCAGCUGCACCCACUUUUCCUUUCUGCCCCUUCCUUGUUUCUGUGGAAUGUACCCUUGAUUCUCAGAUGUACCCCACCCAGUCCUUGACCCACUGAUAAGGGGAGGGGUGUUAUCAGAGCCCAGUUACGGGGCCUACUGUCCACACGCCCAGGAAGCCCUGCCAUCUCUGCCUUCUGUGGGCUGGAGCCAAGGAGUGACCCCAGGCCUGCAAAGCCGCCAGGUGCCUGACUGUCUAGGGCUCCUCUGAGAGGUCCCCAGCUGGCCCCUAGGACCUGAAGAAAGGGGUUAGACCCUGGGAUGGGGUGCCCAGAGCAGCGCCCUCCCAUCUCCACGCCUUUCCUCCAUGGGCCUUCUGGAAGGCUCACAAGCUUCAUGGGCAUGUGGGGUGGGGCUCAGCCCCAUCAUUCCUCUCUGUGCCCAACUAGUGUGCUGUGGAGAAGUCACUGUCCUGUGCGUAGCCUCAGCUUCCUCGUCUGUAGGACUGACAGUCAUAGCCACCUCCCAGGGAUCACAGGAUCCUAACUCUCUAGGAGAGGAAGGGACCCGGGCUGCCUCAUCCAGCUGCCCCCCACCCCCAGUUUCAUAAGCAGGGACUCUGGGGCCCGGAGAGGGAAGUGGUUGCAUCAGAUCACAUGGUGCAGCCAGUCUGGUGACUCUUGGGUUCCCAGGCCGCUGCCCCAUCCCUGGUCCUGGGCCAUUCCAGAGGAGACAGGCUUGGCUGGCAACCCCAGGGCUCUGCUCUCCAGCCCCUGUGCCUCAGAGCUGGGCUGGGCUGGGCACAGGCCCAGGAAACUGAUAAGAAGGUUUAACUCUCUUCAGCCCUGUGCUGCCGGCGAUAAUGACCCCCUCCGCUGCCUCCCACUCAGCCCUGCCCUGCUCUGCCCUGCUCUGCCCUGACCCUUGGGUGGGGGCCCUGCAGGUGGCUGAGGGUGGAGCAGGGCAGGGACAGAUGGGGGAAGGGGAGGUCACCGCACUGCAGGAUCCAGGGCCCAGAAUCCUAGUACCUCAAAGGACACAGGCACCUUGCUGGCUCUCAUGGGCAGCUGGGCACAGUGCCUGACACCCAUGCUCCGUCUGGGUCUGAAUCCCUUCUCUUUAGUUCUUAGCAUGCAGAGGAAUGGCUGGAGGGAAGCAGCCCAGGGGCUGAGGGCUCGCCAGAACUCCUGUACUAACAAACCCUCGACGGAGCCCUGCCUGCGCCAGGGCCUGUGCUCAGUGUCCAGGCUGCCUCCUUCAAUCCUCACGACUGCUCUAUGGAACUGUUAUUCUAGUUUCUGAGGUGAGGAAACCAGCAUGGAGCAAACAAGCAACUCCCCAAGAGGCAGAAGUGCAGCUCCCGUGACUCGUAGCCACCACGAGGUGUGUCUGUGGGCAGUUUCCACAUUUUAUUUCAACGUGGGGUCACAGUUAAGACGCGGGCUCUGAAGGUGGGCUGCCUGGUUUCUCCCCCUGUAAUGUGAGAUUAAUAAUUGUAUCUCUAGAAGAAAACACACACACACACCACACACACACACCACACACACACACACACACCACACACACACACCACACACACACACACCACACACACACCACACACACACACACACACACCACACACACACACCUCCCCACACACCACACACACACACACCACACACACACCACACACACACCACACACACACACCACACACACACCACACACACACCACACACACACCCCCCCCACACACCACACACACACACACCACACACACACACCACACACACACACCACACACACACCACACACACACACACCACACACACACACCCCCCCCACACACACACCACACACACACACCACACACACACACACACACAAAAGUCGUAUCUCAUCGUGUGGUUAUGACAUGGCUUACCUAGUGCAUGGAAAGA